AUGCCUGGGAGAAAGCCUGCACGCCCGGCAAAGCGAAUGGCUCGGCCCAUGGGAACCACCCGUCUUCGCAAGACCUGGAUCCCAGAAACGGAAACAAGGGGAUCCGACCUUCUGUGGAACGACUGUGACGGAAAGGCUUCGGGGCAUUGGCCUCCUGGACACGAUGUUAUCCAGAAUCACACGCAAGAAGGGAUUGCCAAGACUCCCCGUCAAUCUUGGCCGUCAGAGCGCGGUACAAUGAUUGCAGCAAAUGGCUGGUCUUCGGUUAGUUCUGCCCCGGACGACGAACAGCGAGCCAUCACCUCAUCCCUUCAAUCAAUGUUCCGUCGAGUGUUCAGAGCCUUCUGGCAUUUUCUUCCAGCUUUCUACGAUAAAGCUACCGAAAAGACGAAAACGAACGCAAGACGAUCUGCAUCAGCAUCCUUUCAUGCCGGGUGUUAUAUAGACAUUGCUCUCUACUCUGGUCUGGCACCAGAGAGAGAGUCUCACGCGGUUGCUGGGUCCAAGUCUGGCUCCCGCAAGUGCAUCGUGGCGACCAACAUCGGCGAGAUCAGUGUGACGAUCGUCUACGUCGUGGAAACGGGUCUGGUGAAGCAAGCAGGCUUCAACCCUCGUGUCAGUCUCAACACCCUCCGCAAAUGA